AUGGAACCUGUGGUUCCAGCAACCACGGAUGUCAAACUCAACAUGGGAGAAGUCUCCCUUGAACAAGUCAUCCGCCUCCUCUGGGGGGUCCAAAGUCAGCUUGACCGCCUCAAAAACAAGUUCAGCAAGCAAACAGAAGCCAUCAACAAAACCCAGUUGAUUGUUGAAGGAAUAUCCCAAGCCGUCAAUGGCCUUGCAGCUAGGAUUGGCAACAUCCCUGGACCAAGGACCCUAGAGGACACCAAGCCUCCCCCAGUCAAGGAGACACCCCGUCCCCUACCCAAAACCAAGCCUUUGCAAGAGGCUAUCCACCCGGCCUUCCAAGGGCCCACAUGCUCCAUCCCUGGGCUUUACCAGCCCACUCCAGUCAAACUCCCCAUUGUCCCAAUGUCCCCCCUAUACUUGGCCCACUCUAUCCAAAUGGCUACACCUCCCCCUCCAUCUCUGGUUACAGUUGCCCCCCCUCAAUUUGCAGCUGUCAAAGUAGACCACCUGGACCCCUAUAAAGGGAAGAUAGGGAGUGAAGCCAAGCAGUGGCUAACCUGCAUGCUUGCGUGGGUUUGCCUAAAUCAGAGGAUGUUUCCCACUCAGGUGGAAACCCUCUCUUUCCUCCUAAUGAACAUGGAGGAUGCAGCCGGCGCAUGGGCCCACCCACACUUGGACCUCCUAGGGUCCCAUUGCACAAUCAUCCAGAACAAGGAUGAUUUCAAAAGGGAGUUUCUGGCGGCAUUUGGGGAUCCUGAUGCCACUUGGGCAGUGGAGCAGAAAAUCACUUUGCUCACUCAGACCAGCACUUGUGCCAAUUAUAUUACCAAGUUCUGCACCCUGGCCAUGGAGUUAGACUGGAAUGAUGCGGCCUUACAUGGUCAAUUUGCGCAAGGUCUCCAUUGGGAAGUCAGCAGGCAAAUUGCCACUUGCAAGCGUCAACCCACAACCCUUCUUGAGCUGCAGAAUGCAGCCUUGGUCAUUGACAAUGCCCUCCAAGAAGAGUGCGCCAGCCACCUGCCUAAGGGUAGUAAGCCUGGAAACCCUUCUACCCCCAACAGGGGGGCAAGCACUGGCUCACAGGCCAACACAACCAAGCAACUUUCCAAUGACCCAAACUAUGUCUUGGAAGAAGAAAGAAAUUGA